CGCUCUCCACUGAUCGGGAAAAAGAUGGCUGACCCACAAAACAUUGGGGUUUUAUUGAACAUCGGAAAAUCGAAGUUAUCAUCGUAGUCGACUAACGACGUUCCAUUUUCUCUAGUAUUUGGAUAGUGGCACGACUCCCGCAAACAUUGAGUGAUUGACUUACGUUAAUUGUGCUUCGAAAGAGGCAAGAACCUCUGGUGAAAAUUCGAGUUUCUACGUGUUGAUUCGUGCAUUCCUCAGGAAAAUAAUGGCUUCGUAGUGAAUGUGAUUACGAAGGCAGAGGACUACGACCUUCGUAUCGAGUGCACAUACGAAUUUCCAGGGUGUGUCGUACAGUGCUGUAAAAGGAGAGAAAAUCGAAAAGUUUUAAGUGGUUAAACACCGCAUAAUCAUUUGUGGAAAAUCGUGUAUCAAAAAUGACGAUUCUUUCGAAGAAGAAAACUAGUGGGACAAAGGACAGACGUGAGGGAGGUAAUGGGUCCGAGGUCGAUGUUCAUGGUGUACAAAGCGAACAUGGGUCAGGUUCCAUUGCUUUACCUAAUAGUCCCUAUCAGGUUCGAGGCGCUAAUGGGUUUGCCGUCGAUCUUCACGCGGUGCAGGGUGAACAUGGCUCUGGCCCAAUUGUCCUCACCAGUACUUCUUAUGAGGGAACUGAUCGACGAGAGGAAAAACACUUUGAAGAUGGAGGAGGUCCCAGUCAUGGAAAACGACAUCGUCAACGAGCUAGUCCACACAGUGCUUGUAUUAGUCGAAGUUCGAGAAACAAACGCGAGAGGGAAAGAGACAGAGGGCGUGAGAGAGAAAGGGAGAGAGAGCGAGAAAGGCAGGCAACGCCACCUACCGCAUCGAGCAGUGGUUUGCAGGGAGGAGAUGGUUCUGUGAUUGGCAAUAAUCGAAUAGCUGGAAAUGCCGAACCAGAACUUUCAAAUGGUUACAAUAGCGGUGACGAAUACACUGGACGAACUGGCAAUAAUCUUACAGCUGCCGAGUGGCAAGAGCGAGACCGGUGGUUCGAAAAACGAAUGCGAAAAGUCGGUUUCAUUGUUAAGAAAAUGGGAGAGGAUGGGGCUUGUUUGUUUCGGGCCGUAGCCGAUCAAGUUUAUGGGGAUCAGGAAAUGCACGGAGUUGUUAGGAAACACUGUAUGGAUUAUAUCGCCGCCAACCAAGAGUUUUUUUCACACUUCGUAGCUGAAGAUUUCACCACAUAUGUAGAUAGAAAACGGCAAGAGUAUGUGCACGGAAACCAUAUAGAAAUGCAAGCCAUGUCCGAAAUGUAUAACCGAAGUGUCGAACUUUUCUGCUACAGUACAGAGCCGAUUAACAUUUUCCACGGAGUUCACAAAUCAGACAACGAGCCUAUUCGGUUGUCCUAUCACAGGGGUAGUCAUUACAAUAGUAUAGUCGAUCCAUACAAAGCGACUAUUGGCGUUGGACUUGGUUUACCAUCUUUCAACCCUGGAUCUGCUGAUCGUGCUCUGGUGUCAGAUGCCGUCCGUCAAAGCGAGGAUUUACAUAUCGAACAGACGAUGCUUGAAGAUAAGAUUAAGGCGACUGACUGGGAAGCGACAAGCGAAGCAAUCGAGGAACAAGUGGCCCGGGAAAGUUACUUGCAAUGGGUACGAGAUAAUGAGAUGAGAAAAGCACGAUCGGCUAGUAGUAGUAGCACUAGUACCCUUUCGAGUGCACAGCAUAGUCAUGCUAUCUUUCAUUCGCACGGCAGCCGUGCACAACAACGAAGUCAUACUUCUUCGCCAACGGCAACUGCAGCCUCUGCAGAUUCUCUACGAAAUUCCCCAAAGGUCGGCGAUUCAGUGCGUUAUAGUAAAAGAUCUCCACAGCACCAAUCACCUCAAAAUACAAGUAUACCUCUUCUUCCAACGGAGUUGAAACCUGCGCCACAAGAGCCUGUACCUGGUAGCAGCAAAGAAUCCCACACUUCUCCUGAUAUUUCCCUCUUUAAUCGUCUGCCACCUGAAGUCUUCGGUUUAACUGACUGGGAAGACAGUGAUAUACUAUCAAAGGUGCUGGCAACGUCGCAACAAGAAUAUCUAGACAGUUUAAAACAAACUUGCACAUCUAGUACUGCAGGAUCUGAAACCAGUGAAAUACUAGAUUCUAACAAUAGUUAAUUAGCAACAAUAAGUUAUCGUUUUUUUUAUAAUUCGGAGAGAUCAAAGCAAAAGAUAUAUUAUACAUUUCUAUAUUGCAAGUGUCCUAUAAACGUCUAAAAUCAAAUCGCCGGCUUGAAGCUGACUGCGAUUUGCUCGUUUUCAUUUAAACAAAAGUUUACGAGAUAUAACUUGGAAUAUAGUUUCUGAGCAGACGUAGACAUUACGUACGGAAAACUGUCCUAAAUAAUUACAUAUACAUAUUAUACAUAAAUAUAUAUAUAUAUAUA